AUGAUGGUACGUCAGGCGGGCUGCUAUGUCUACCAGGACCCAGACUCCGGUAGCACUGGUGCAUACUGCGAAUGUCCAUGGUACGAGGGCACCUUGCCCGAGCUCUCUGGCCCCGCCACCUGCGGCUACACAUCCCUGCCAGCUUCAACGUCCGAGGACGCCGUCACCACCAAGCCCGCCGGUUCCUACCUGUAUACCUUCACUGAUCUAUAUGGCGUUGUGGUCGCCUGUGAGUCUGAAUCUUUCCUCAAUGCCGGUUAUGCCGUCACCGAGUGUGCCGGUUGA